ACGCAAGAGGCAGAGCGCGAGAGCCACGCAGCCCACUCCUCCCACCGGUCUGGGAGCCGCGCAGGAUGCGGACGCCCGUGGAAUGUAAACGAGACCGGAUUGCAGUGGAAGCGCGCUGCGUGGAGGAGAAGGAGGAGGAGAAGGAAGAGAGUGAAACUCUUCGGACAGGUAGCUCUUUCUGCGCUGCCCCCUCACAGCUGUCCACGAUGCCACUCGGGAAAGGCUGGAAGAAAAAGGUGGAGGACAUUUCUAGUGUCUACGACAUCAAAGAGAAGCUUGGCGCAGGGGCAUUUUCGGAGGUCGUUCUGGCCCAGGAGCAUGGAUCCCAACGACUUGUAGCUCUCAAAUGUAUCCCCAAGAAAGCCCUGAGAGGCAAAGAAGCUGCUGUGGAAAAUGAAAUUGCUGUACUUAAAAAGAUUCAACAUGAGAACAUUGUGGCUCUGGAGGACAUUUAUGAGAGUCCUACUCACCUUUACCUGACCAUGCAACUGGUGACAGGAGGAGAGCUCUUUGACCGUAUUAUUGAGCGGGGCUACUAUACAGAAAAGGAUGCUAGCCAGCUCAUCCGGCAGGUAUUGGAGGCUGUGAACUACCUACAUGAGCUGGGCAUUGUUCAUCGGGAUCUUAAGCCUGAAAAUCUCCUCUAUGCCACUCCAUUUGAGGAUGCCAAGAUUAUGAUUACAGAUUUUGGACUGUCCAAGAUUGAGGCUGAUGGGAUCAUGUCCACCGCUUGUGGUACACCUGGUUAUGUGGCCCCUGAGAUCCUGGAGCAGAAGCCAUAUGGAAAAGCUGUGGACUCCUGGGCCCUUGGCGUCAUCUCCUACAUCCUGCUUUGUGGAUACCCUCCUUUCUAUGAUGAGAACGACUCUGAACUUUUUAACCAGAUUCUGAAAGCUGAAUAUGAGUUUGAUUCCCCCUACUGGGAUGAUAUCUCUGAGUCAGCCAAGGAUUUUAUCCGACAUCUUCUAGAACGUGAUGCAGAGAAACGAUUCACCUGUGAACAGGCUUUACAACACCCAUGGAUUUCUGGGGACACAGCACUGGAGAAAGAUAUUCAUGGCUCUGUUUGUGAACAGAUCCAGAAGAACUUUGCUCGCAGCCAAUGGAAGAGAGCAAUCAAUGCCACGUCUUUUUUGCGCCACAUCACCAAGAUGGGACCUGGUGCAGAGGGUGAGGAAAUUGGAGAGGCCACGUCCGGAGGACAGCACGGGAAAUGGUGACCAGUGAGGUGCCUGAAGAGCCUGGGCCGCUGCCCUUUGCAUGAGCUACCCUCCUGCAUGCGGCUUCACAGCCACGACGCUGCGCCAGCACCCUCGCCCAAGGGGUGGGGGCUGUCCUUCCAUUUCCUGCACCCUCGUCUGGGGAUAUCUCUGCCCUGAGGGGCCCAGGAGUUUAAAAACAACAGCCAAGCUCAACCACCGUUCCAGCCUGCCCUUAGGGGGGCUCAGAGUCACCCUACCUGGGACCGAAGUCCAAUCCCCUGUGAGGCUGUGGACCCAUCACAAUCCUGCUGCGUUAACUCACCUCACAUCCAUCUAUGUCUGUUGCAGAGGCUUGUAAUGUGCUGGAAAACUGGGAGACAUGGUAGUGGUGGUAGGGAUGGGGAGGUGAAAACAUCUUCUCCUUCCCCUUUCGGUUUUAAUUGGCAAUUCUUAAAUCUAUUUGAGACUUUCUUCUCCCAAAAGAGUCACAAAAUGGUAACUGAGAUCCGGAGUUGAAAGAUCCUUCCAAAUAAAGACACGGGGAAGAUGAAACCAGGAAGAGGGCAGCCAUCAGCUUGAAUAGGCUUGAUAAAUCCCAAAAUUCAGAAAUGGAUAGCAACACCCAAGUGAGUCAGAAGAUCCAGUUGGGUGGCCAUCUUGGAGACAUCAGAAUUUGUAUUUUGGGAAGAUUGCACCAAACUUCCCAGAGGUUGAGACAGAUGCAAGAUUUGAAGAGUGGGGGUGUGAUUUGAUAGUCCUGUUCCUGCUCUCCAAAUGAAUGUACAUUUCUGUGCCUGGAGGGCAGGGUAGGUGUGCGGUUCUUCACUACGAACCAGGGAAGCACUUACCGGCCAGUACUUAACAAUACUUAUUUUUCUUCCUCCAUCCACUGCAGCCAUUUGGUUGCAGUCAUUGUUAAAAUGUCUUUGAGGUUCUAUGUUUCUGGGGUGUUUUGUUGUAUUGUAUACUCUGUAGAGGCAGAAAAAAAGGAUAGCUAAAUAUAAAAACAUAGAUUUUCUUUCAAAAAUAGCAGAUUUUUUUAAAAAAAUAAGAUUGACUUCAGGCCAGGCCCGUAGCCAGGAUUUCGUUUCGGGGAG